UCUCUGACUUUCGUUUUGUUCUUUUUUGUGUGUGUGUGUUCUGUCAUGCGAGUGUUCGCUAGCCACGUGAAGGGGCCUCCUCCUUGUUUAUGGGCUGCUGAGAUCGGUUUUCGCCACGGGGCGCCGGGGCACUCCAAGUUUCCUCGAAUGCGUGGAAUUGGGUCCUCGCCGGCUGCCCAGACCCUCCGACUUCGUGGAACCAUUAGUGCGCGCGCGCGCGUGUGUGUGUGUAUGCGUGUUUAUGUCAACGUGAACGUUUGUGUGCUCGGAUCUGUGGCCGUGAAAACGAGAGCGAAAAAGCGCGGGAAGGACGACACGGACAGAGAAGAGCGAGCAGCGAAGAAGAGUCUGCGGAGUGCGAGCGAAUUGAACGAGUGUGCGAAGGGCGAGCGAACAGAGCGGUUGUGUGCGAUGUUGAGGCGAUUGUGCGUGUGCGUUUCGUGUUAGUGUUUUUGCGUUAUGUAAGUUUUUAAUCAAGUUUUCGUAAUUAAAAUAUAAUCAACCUCUUUACCUUUUAUUCCAGUGUGUCGAGUGUUUAUUGCGUGUAGUGUUUAAAUUGCGUUCAUGCCUACGUUGUAAACUUUUGCGGCCAUCGUUUAGCGUAGCGUUAAAUCCUUUGACGCUAACAUCCUCAGAAGUGGGAUUGGACCAAAUGUAGGAAAGGUUAAUAAACGAGUGAGAAGCGCUAGCGAGGACUACGAUCGCGCCAGUGCGGGGAAUGGUGGACUGCCAGUGAAGGUGCGUAAGAUCAACCAUGCUGGACGGAUCGUCGCCGGAGGAGAGCGGUCACCGUGAUGACGACGACUGCGCUGGACUCACCAAGCGGGAACUUUUCGACGCUCUGCGCGAGAAGGACCGCUUGUUGGCGGACCUGCUGCGUCGGCUUCCGCAGCCGGAAUCGUCGGGGGCUCCACGCCAGGCGGACGUCACCACAUUUCAGGUGAUGCCUGAUUUAAGUAAGAACAUUUCAGACUUUGCCGGUGACGGUUGCGCGUCAGCAGCGCGUGACUGGAUGGAGGGUCUGCGGCAGACGGCGACGCUUCACCGGUGGCCAACGCCAUUUCUGCUCGAAACGGCGAAGGGUCACCUAGUCGGCGCCGCCAAAGAUUGGUACCACUCCAGGUCUGCGGAGAUUUCUUCGUGGGACGACUUCGAGCGAAUUUUCCGGCGGACAUUUUAUAGCCAGACUCGGGCGGCGGAGCGUUGGAGGCGGAUGCAGGAACGUGUGCAGCAGAGAAAUGAAAACACGGCUGCGUACUUCCACGCCAAGGUGCGUCUUUGCCGCGAAGCGCACUUGGACUUCUGCGACACGAGGGAGCAGGUGCUGACCGGUCUGCGAUCUCGGGAAUUAUGCACCAUGCUCCUCGGGCGGUCGCAUGCAGACGAAGACGACCUGCUGCAUGACGUGGAGGAAUUCGAGCGAAUUGACCGGGAGCGACAACAGCGCUUCGGCGGAGUGAGUGAGCGAGGAGCGCCGAGUAAUCCACCACGUAUGCAGCCUGCACCCAAGACGCCGUUGCAUGAUACGUUCGGGUACGGCAGCCGGAACAAGCGACCGCCGAUGACAAACACAAACGGUGAGCGAAAGUGCUACAAUUGCUCGAAAUUCGGGCACAUUUCGCGAGACUGCCCGGAGGAAAGGCGUGUUGAGAAGUGUUUGAAGUGCGGGAAAUUUGGGCAUACCCAGAGACAUUGCCAAAAAAGUAGCCCCAGAAAUGAGACCAACGCGGUCUCGGAAGACAAGAUUGGCCCCGGUGCGCUCCUGAAGCAUGUUAAGUUCAGUGACAAAACAACUCUGAUCGGAAUGAUUGACACCGGCAGUUCCGGUUGCCUAAUGCGCGAGUCGGCGGCAGUGCAGUGCGGAGCGGAAAUGCUGGAAGACGCCACCGCUCUUUAUGGCUUCGGUAGUCAGGGGGUUCCAGCUGUCCGUGCGAUUGGCAGGUGCAGGGCCGAUUUAGAGAUCGAUGGUGUCGUUGGCAAAAAGAUUCCGGUGCUUGUUGUGCCAGACGAGGCCCAGUCGGUCGACUUGCUUGUUGGCCGCACGUUUACCGAGCUGCCAUACGUGACAUAUGCCAGGCUUGGCAGCAGCUUGCAUUUCUGGCAUAGAGACGAGUGCCCAUUCUCUCAUCUCGAGCCCCUUGUUUCAUGCCCGAAAGUGCGUGUGAAGACUGCUGAGGAGACCCCACUGCAGGCCAAUGUUGUCAACUGGGUAAGACUGUCGUCGCCGUCUAGCAUCACCGGUCCAGUGCUGUUCGAUAACUGCGGGCGCGAAAUCGUCAUUGACAUGGAGGGCGGAGAGGUUAUUGUGCCAGCAUUCACGAGUGGAGAAGAAGAUGGGGUCAUCCGUAAAGGACAGCGACUUGCGCAAGCGACAGAAGUGGACACCCCAGGUUGCGAGAGAAUGGAGGGAAAUGAUUGCAGAGAGGAGUGCGGCGCGGCUGAGUUAGAGCAGAUUCUGGUUACGGAAGCGCGACGGCCGAUUAUGCGCGAGGAAAUUAGAGUGGGACCAUCGGUUACGGAGGAAAAACCUCGUGAGCUCGCGUGCCUCAGCGAAAUUGGAUGCACAUCCAUCCUCAUUAUGGACACACAGGAGACACCUGGUAGUACCCCCGUCGAUGUUCGGCCCUACCGGACAAAUGCAGCGAAGCAAGAAGCUAUGCGCGACAUCGUCGGAGAAUGGGAAAAGGCGGGAAUCGGGACUGAGUCGUUCUGCCCGUAACUGUGCCAAGACUCACCCCUACGCGAGUGCACCGUAGCAAUGUUGGCGGCCCCUGUGAGAACUUCAGUGCGCGGUGAAGAUAGAUUUCGUGAGCGAACUGUGACAAUUUAAACAAACAGUUUUUUUUUCCCUUUCUGUCGAAGGAAGCGAUUCCACUUGUGUAUCGGCGUGCGUGUACCUUAUUUUACUUUAUCAUUUUUUUUUCCAUUAACGAGGACGUUAAUGACUGUCAGGACGACCGAGUGUACGCGACUGCUCCACAUCUCUGACUUUCGUUUUGUUCUUUUUUGUGUGUGUGUGUUCUGUCAUGCGAGUGUUCGCUAGCCACGUGAAGGGGCCUCCUCCUUGUUUAUGGGCUGCUGAGAUCGGUUUUCGCCACGGGGCGCCGGGGCACUCCAAGUUUCCUCGAAUGCGUGGAAUUGGGUCCUCGCCGGCUGCCCAGACCCUCCGACUUCGUGGAACCAUUAGUGCGCGCGCGCGCGUGUGUGUGUGUAUGCGUGUUUAUGUCAACGUGAACGUUUGUGUGCUCGGAUCUGUGGCCGUGAAAACGAGAGCGAAAAAGCGCGGGAAGGACGACACGGACAGAGAAGAGCGAGCAGCGAAGAAGAGUCUGCGGAGUGCGAGCGAAUUGAACGAGUGUGCGAAGGGCGAGCGAAC